GGCCAGGGCCCGCCUCAUGACUUCCUGUGAACUGAAUUUACCUCCUUAAAGUCAAGUCUCCAAACAUGAAGGCACUUCAAGAAGCUCAUGGAGGGGCCGGCGCUGUGGCGUAGCAGGGUGAUAUGAGCAGAGCCCAGGAAUGCCUUAUGUGGAUCGGCAGAACCGGAUCUGUGGGUUUCUGGACAUCGAGGAGAAUGAGAACAGCGGCAGGUUCCUGCGGAGGUACUUUAUUCUGGACACCCAGGCCAACUGCCUUCUCUGGUACAUGGACAACCCCCAGAACCUGGCAGUUGGUUCCGGAGCUGUUGGAUCUUUGCAGCUGACCUACAUCUCGAAGGUGAGCAUAGCGACCCCAAAGCAGAAACCAAAAACUCCAUUUUGCUUUGUUAUCAACGCCCUGUCUCAGAGAUACUUUCUUCAAGCCAAUGACCAGAAAGAUCUGAAGGACUGGGUGGAAGCCCUGAACCAAGCCAGCAAGAUCACUGUACCCAAAGUUGGGACCUUACCCCUGUCGACCGAAGUUCUCAAAAGCUUAACAGCUCCUCAGGCCCUGGAGAAGAAGCCACAGGUGGCCUACAAGACCGAGAUCAUCGGAGGGGUGGUGGUACACACACCCAUCAACCAGAAUGGCGGGGAUGGGCAGGAAGGAAGCGAGCCAGGCUCCCAUGCCAUCCUUCGGAGGUCUCAGAGUUACAUCCCCACGUCGGGCUGCCGCGCUUCCACGGGGCCGCCCCUCAUUAAGAGCGGCUACUGUGUGAAGCAAGGGAAUGUGCGUAAGAGCUGGAAACGCCGCUUCUUCGCACUCGACGACUUCACCAUCUGCUACUUCAAGUGUGAGCAGGACCGAGAACCGCUGCGCACCAUAUUCCUCAAGGAUGUCCUCAAGACCCACGAGUGUCUGGUCAAGUCUGGUGAUCUCCUAAUGAGAGACAACCUGUUUGAAAUAAUAACAAGCUCCAGGACCUUCUACGUACAGGCAGACAGCCCGGAAGACAUGCACAGCUGGAUCAAGGAGAUCGGGGCAGCCGUCCAGGCCCUCAAGUGCCACCCCAGAGAAAUAUCCUUUUCUAGAUCCAUUUCUUUGACGAGACCUGGAAGUUCCAGCCUCUCGGGUGGACCCAACUCUGUCUUGGGCAGGGGGCGUCCACCUGUGGAAGAAAAGAAAGCCCUCUGCAAAGCUCCCUCCAUGGCCGCCUCGUGGCAACCCUGGACACCUGUGCCCCAGGCCGGGGAAAAGCUGCUUCCUGCCGAAGAGACGCCAGAGGACUCUUUGUUCUUGCCUCGGCUUGGCGAGAGCAAUGCUGCUGGGGUGUUGCCCAGCUCCCGGAUAAGGCACAGAUCAGAGCCCCAGCACCCCAAGGAGAAACCAUUUGUGUUCAACCUAGAUGAUGAGAACAUACGGACCUCUGAUGUGUGAUGAAGCCCAGAGCCCUGGGAGGGAGGGAGGGUAGGAAGACUAGAGAGAAAGUGGCUGUGACUCAGUUUCUCUGCCUUGUUGGAGGGUGGCCAGAGGCCUUUGUAGCACCCAUGUUCCUGUGGAUGCUCUGUGGGAGGGGCCCAAAUGACUGGCUUCCCCCUUCCCCUUUUGUAAUAUCAAUGCAGUGUAUUUAAUUUGGGAAAAUCAGUAGGCUAGACAUGGAGGCAUCCUCAGGGGGAGAGCAGGUUGCCUCUUGUUGAACUAUUCCCAUGUCUUCUGGGUGAGGGGUUAUUGUAGCAGUGCCUUUCUGGAGGAGGGUGGGAGUCCAGUUGCACUGCCCCAAGCCAGUUUUAUUUCCUUGUUCCUUGUUUUAGUUUUUUCAUUGAGUUUCCAGUCCAGGAAGAGAGUCAUAUGCCAGUCACUUGGUUUUAUCCCAUUCCUGUUUGUUGGCUGAGGCUUGUGCAGUGGGUGGGUGAGAACUAACCCCAGUGGAAGGUAGAGAGAUGGUGGAAGAGCCAGGCCUUGGCUUUGCUGGGAUGCAUUCUGAGAGGUGCUGUUAAAAAUCUCUGGGCUGGAGGGCAGCUGCUGGGGCAGAUCCUUAGGGGAAGAGAUGGGGGGCCCCUUGUAAGGUGUGGGGAGUAAUUCACCCCCAGUGUAUCAGCCAGCUUUGGAAAGCCCUUUCUUCUCCUCCAGAUGCUCUUUGAUCCCAGGUACUACUAUAGAUGCAUGCAAAAGACCUACCCAACCCAGUUUCUGCGUUGGGCCCCAAGGAUGGGUUUAUCAGUGUUAAACGUUAUUGCAGUUGACAACCUAGCAUUUCCCAGGACACGAUGUGAUUUGGGAUGUGUGGAGGGUUGAUGAGUGUGUGAUGAUUCACAUGUGUGAUAGAUGGAGCUCUGAGUUUCAUGGUAACAUUAACAUAGGUGCUGGGAAGGGAUGGAUUAAAGUUCAUCCAGCUAAGCCUUGUGAUCCAUGUUUUCCAGACAGCAGGAAAAUCCUGUUUUGGCAAAGAUUAUCUUGAAUCCUUGGGCCUCACGGUUCUUUUUGCAUGGCCCAACAUUAGCAUAAUUUUAAGUGCUGUGUUUUGUAGACCCUGGAAGAUUGACUUUCUUUGCUUUUUAUUAUUUGAGAGGCACACACAGAAAGACCUGGAUAAGACAGAGUGCCCAGCCGCUAGUUCACUUCCCAAAUGCCCAUGACAACCAGAUCUGGGCCUGGUAGAAGCUGGGAGCUGUGAACCCAAUCCACAUCUCCCAUGUGGGUGGCAGAGGUUCAACUGUUUGAGUCAUCACUGCUGCCUCCUAGGGUUUGCAUUAGCUGGAAGCAUCAGGAGCACAGCCAGGACUUGAACCCAGGAACUCUGAUAGGGGACAUGGACAUCUUAACCCUAGGUCAAACACCCAACAGGCUUUCAUUUUUUAUUCUUUGUGUUGCUCUUUGAAUGAAGCCUUCUGUGCAUGCAUGAUCAAACCCUGUAAUCCGAUGAAGGUUCUGUGUACUUAACAGUAGAGAGAUGCAAAGAUUUAACCUUGAGAUACCUGUGUUUGUAACGAAGUGGAAAUUAGGCCACAGAAACAUUGAAUGUGAGGUUACAAGUUGCUGGCUAGGGAUUUUUCAGGUAGAAGAGCAUAGAAGAUUGAGUUUCCUUUCCAGAUUUCAGGACAUUAUUUUCUUCCAUUUGGUGAGAAGACACCACUUUCUGUGGCCCCUGGGAGAACCUUGUCCAGCCAACAUACAUGGUGAAAUGCCACUGGGAACUCUUUAGGGGCUCCCUAAGUAGAGAGAGAACUUAGCUCAUUUCUGUCUGCAACUUUUACCAGCUAGAUCAUUUAAUUAUAUGUUGUAAUUAAAAUUAGUGACUAGAGGAAGGAGACUAAGAGAAGCAUUUUUACCUAAGUAUAUCUCUCUCCUCCCAUGUGCAUACCUGAUGCAGAGGGGACACAUUUGAUGAGAAAAGUCCCUAUGCCUGGGGGGAACCGUGUUUUCCUGAAGUUUGUGUCCUUCUGAGAAGCCAGUUUCACUGUGUUGCAUUGGAGCUGCCCCUCUCCAAAACGAAGUUUGAUUUGUUGGUCCUGGCAUAAAAACGGAAAUUCACCGCUGUAUCUCUUCCUCCUUCUGUUUCCUCCCUCUUUUCUGUAAACUCAUGUACUCUCUGUCCUCAAAUGCUGGCUUAUGAAUGGUCAAGGUACAACAUGAGUUAAGUGGGCUGAUUUCCUGAAGCCAUUCUUAAUUCCUAAAGUUCCUUGUCUCUGGCUUAACCUUCACAUUUUCCUAAAGAAAAUUCUUCGGCUACUCAGAGUACACAAUGCAAUGUAGAAAUCAUGAAAAUAAACUGGGAACGUUUGCUGUUUCUUUAGACAUUCCCUUACUCAUGGAAAAGACGUCAUCUUUUGGUGUUUAAAACUGUGAAACUCUACCCAUUUCUCCCUUUUUAAAAAUAAACUCUCUGCUAGAUUGCUAUUCUUAAAUACAUUGGCUGUUAAAGUGAUAGUGCUCUUAAUCAGUAUGAUCUAUUUUGAGAAUGUGUUAAACAUAUUUAUAAUCCAGAUUGUAUUGUCUUGGUAAAGGGACAACAAGAAUUCUGAUUGUCAAAUACUUGGGAAUUUCAAGUUACAACAUUGUCAGGGUAGUUCCAGUAUCAGAUAAAUACAGUUAUCUCCACAGGCAUUCUCAUUUCCAAAUCUUAUUUCAGGAUUCCCUUUCUGUCCAUAUUUCUUACCUUCUAGACAAUUUCACACCAUAGUCUUUCAAUUUGAGCCAAAGAUGGUGCGCGCAUGACCAAAGCAUUUAGUUUUAAAUGUCUACAACAGAGCAAAAUAGAAAAAAACAGGGUGAGGAUAGGUUAGUGGUUAAGUGCAUAUAGGCUUGGGAACAAACGUGAGUUUUAGAAAAAAGGAAUGGAAAAAAGGUACUGCAUUUUCUCUGGAAUAAAAACCUUCUCUGAGUCGGGCUCUUUCUUAGAAGGCUUUUGAGGUGGUCUUGACGUCACUGUUUAUGAUAGUAUUUCAAGUGCUCCCCUCACCUCUCUGUCACCCUUGAAAGCUUUGUAGGACUUGCUUACUCAGGGUCUGUUGCUAGAUGCAAAUAGUUUGGUCUUUUGCAUUCUGUAAGGUACCACAAGGAUGCUAAGGGUACACAUCCACCUCAGGUCAAGGUAGUGGAUGACACAUCUGUUUCUGAGUUGAAUGAGAGAGUAGAUUUAACUAGCUUCUUAGUUUACUUGAAGCAAACUAUGUUCUCCUUUUUGAAAGUUAGAGGCCAAAAAGACGCAUAAAUAAAUAGCAGAUUCAGCCUAAGGUUAGCAAUCGGAUUUGAUAGGUUGGUUUUCAGUGUUAAUCGGGUCAGAGGCCUCUCCGAAAGUGAGUUUCCCAAGUCAGCUUUGCUGAGCAUGGCAGAAGUGGACAGGGUUCUUGGCAGCCACUUCCCCUCACUCCCCACUCCCCUUUUCUGUCUCUCUGUUAACUGCCUGCAGCAAUUACAGUCACUCAUGCUAGGUAGCCUGCGGAUUCAGCGAACGUUUGGCAAAAACGCCCCGUGUGUCCGCAUCCCCUCUGGUCAGGGAAGGUGUGGCAUGAUUGCGUUUUGAACCUGUGUGUUCCAGCCGUGAAAUGCACUGGUUGUAAAGUGCUGGCGAGCUCAGCGCGUGGAACUGUACAUGCUUCUCAUUUGAUGUGAUCUCCUAGUUGGUGUGUAGCAAAGAAUACUUUUCUAAAACUGUUUCGUUGCUUGUUUUGUAAUAAAACCAUGUGAAAU